CCAGUCCGGAAGCUUUUCCCGAGUGGAGUCAGCUGGCGGUUGUUAUUCGCUGGAGCCACUGCCCGCCGCGAUGAUGAACGCGGAUCUGCGGAAGGAGCGAGAGGCGGCUUCUUUCAAGACGGAGCUGCUAACUAACCUCUUGGACGGGGGCGCCGAGCGGACCCGGCGCCGCAGGGAGAUCGAAUCCAUUAUUGCAAAUGAACCCAGCUUCAACCAUGAAGAUUUAAAUUUCCUCUCCCGUAGCCAACGCUAUGAAGUAGCUAUCAAAAAGAGUGCUCUUAUGGUGUUGAAAUUAAGGGAAUAUGGGAUUGCAGAUCCCGAAGAGAUCUUCUGGUUUAAAAGCUGCGUUCAUCAAGGACGGCCUGAGCCUUUGGACCUCCACCUGGGCAUGUUCCUUCCCACGUUACUAACCCAGGCAACCCAAGAACAGCAGGAUCGCUUCUUCAUGCCUGCUUGGAACUUGGAGAUCAUUGGCACAUAUGCCCAGACAGAGAUGGGACAUGGAACUCAUCUCCGAGGACUGGAAACCACAGCCACCUAUGAUCCUGCUACCCAGGAAUUCAUCCUUAAUAGCCCAACCGUGACUUCUAUUAAAUGGUGGCCAGGUGGAUUGGGCAAGACAUCAAACUAUGCCAUUGUUUUGGCUCAGCUUUAUACUCAAAACAAAUGUCAUGGGUUACAUGCUUUCAUUGUGCCUCUACGUCAGUUGGGAACCCAUGAACCGCUGCCAGGCAUCACCAUUGGUGACAUUGGCCCAAAAUUUGGCUAUGAUGAAAUGGAUAAUGGCUACUUAAAAAUGGACAACUUCCGUAUCCCCCGGGAAAAUAUGCUAAUGAAACACGCCAAGGUUGAACCAGAUGGCACAUAUGUGAAGCCUCUCAAUGCCAAGCUGACUUAUGGGACCAUGGUAUUCAUCCGUUCAUUGAUUGUUGGAGAUUCUGGUCGCAGUUUAGCCAGAGCUUGUACAAUUGCCAUCCGCUAUAGUGCUGUGAGACAUCAGUCUGAGUUAAAGCCUGGGGGACCAGAACCUCAGAUUUUGGAUUAUCAGACUCAGCAGUACAAACUCUUUCCUCUCCUAGCAACAGCAUAUGCUUUCCACUUUGUGGGUGCAUAUAUGAAAGAUACAUAUCAUCGCAUCACUGGGAACAUCCAAGAUGGAGAUUUGAGUGAACUGCCAGAGUUGCACGCACUGUCUGCAGGGCUCAAGGCUUUUAGUACCUGGACUGCCAACGCUGGCAUUGAGGAAUGUCGGAUGGCAUGUGGGGGACAUGGCUACUCCCACUGCAGUGGUUUGCCUGAUAUUUACGUCAACUUCACUCCUUCUUGCACUUAUGAAGGAGAGAAUACUGUGAUGAUGUUGCAAACUGCCCGAUUCCUUGUCAAAAGUUAUACCCAAGUUAGUUCUGGACAGUUAGUUAGUGGCAUCAUGUCUUACCUGAAUGACCUAUCAGGACAGCAUAUUCAGCCCCAGCAUGUGGCUGCUAGACCCACAACUCUGCAUAUCAACAACCCUUCCAGUUUGGUGGAGGCAUAUAAAUUGAGAGCUUCAAGGAUGGUUGAGUUUGCAGCAAAAAAUUUACAGGCUGAACUGAACCGUCGGAAAAGCAAAGAAGAUGCUUGGAACCGGACUUCCAUUGAUCUAGUACGAGCAUCUGAGGCACACUGUCACUAUGUGGUGGUCAAACUAUUUACAGCGAAGCUUUCAGAAAUUGGUGACCCAGCUGUUCAUGCUGUCAUUAACAAUUUGUGUUUACUAUAUGCUCUAUGUGGGAUUAUAAAGAACUCUGGAGACUUUCUACAGGGAGGCAUUUUGACAGAGGCCCACCUAAUUCAAGUGAACAUGCAUAUAAAAGAACUCUUGGCUCUUAUCCGUCCUAAUGCAGUAGCUCUGGUGGAUUCCUUUGAUUUCUGUGAUUCUGUGCUUAGAUCUGUGCUUGGCCGGUAUGAUGGUAACAUAUAUGAAAAUAUGUUUGAGUGGUCAAAGAAAUCACCACUAAAUAAAACACAGGUCCAUGAAUCUUUCCACAAACACCUGAAGCCAUUGCAGGCUAAACUGUGAUAACAUUUGUUUGGUUUUGAAUGUCCUUUCUUGAAAUAAUAUAAUUUGCCCUAUGAACAUCUGAAGCGCUUGGCAAAUCCACAUAGCCAUAGGGUAGUAAUUGUAGUCUUUUUUUAAAAAAAAAUUGAAUGAAUUAGAGCAAGGAAACACAGUGAUAAAAAAUGCAAUUUUAAUUAUGUUGAGAAACUAUCCUUUUUAAUGAGUCGAAAAAGCUUUAUAGAUUAGUAUAAAAGGGUCAAUCUGUAAGCCUUUCAAGCAUCUGCAGAAGCUGUGUUAUCUAUAGCAGAUUUUUCACUACUAAGUAGUUCUAGAAAGCAGUUAUUGAGUAGAAGCAACUUCUCCAGGAGCUCCUUUAAAAAUGGUCUUGCACAUUUUUUUUAGCAUUAAUGCCACCUUAAAAGGCAGUUGUUGUCAAAGCCCUCCUGCACUUAACUACUGUAAGAUUUUCAGCCUUGUCAGGAACUGGGCUUCAGGGACCUUGCACAAACUUUAUGUGUGUAUGUAUGUAACUGUUUGGUGUUUCAGGAAUGGAUGAUUCUUUGCCUUAUGGGUGCAAUCUGUCCUAGUAUCAUUCUUAAUGUUUGUGUACAAUUUCACUUUCGGCAUUCCAAAUGGCAUGCAAGCAUUCUAUAUUACAUUUCCCAUAAAACUGCCUAUAGCACACAGGCAAGAUCUCUCUCAAGCAGUUUUUUUUUUCCUUUUUAAAAGUGUUGCCUUGUCCUCUGGGUGUUCAGGAAAAUUGAAUGGGAAAGUGUCAGGAGUCCUAUUUGAUAGAAACAAUGUCAUCAUUUCCAACUUGCAAAGUCAUUGGGUAGGAAAAACCUUUACUCCACACAAACUAUAGAGUAUUCCUAUGUCUGGUUUUAAUUGUAGACAUUUUCCCCCCUGAAAUGCUCAAUUUUUUAAAACGGUGGAACAUGGAUUUUUGCCCCAUAUAAUCAUCGAUGAGAAGAAGGUCCAGACUGGUAGACCCAUCAACCUACACAGUCUGGCUCUCAGAAGGCUGCAGAGAAUACAUUACCACAUUAAAGGACCUCAGCUCUAGAUUACUGUUAGCAGGCUAACAUUUUAGCAUUGUGUAAAAUUUUAUUGUGUGAAAUUACCAUGACAAAAUUGCAGCAGUUGGAUUCAGCUUCAGUAAUAAAUCAAGACUUGGAUCACAAACCAAGGAAUUUCAUAACAUUGAAGAGUUGACAUAUAUAUCCCUGUUCAAGAGCUAAAAGUGCUCUUAUACUGCAAACUUUGAGCAAGAAAAAAAAUUACAACUGAAACAAAAAACUAUAAUUGUAAUGUGCUAAUAUAGCUGUACUUAACAUAACUGGAUUUCUGUGUACAAUGCUGACUGGAAAUGAAAAACUGCAAUAAAAGACUAUUUGACAUCUUGUGCA